AUGGAUCCCGCGACGCAAGCAAGAUUCGAUCUCAUUAACUCGAACCUCGCAGAAUUCCUAAACCCUGAAAUCAUCGAGGAUGUGUUGAAAAGUGGCCGCAACCCUAGGGUGUACUGGGGUACAGCUGUUCGUAUUCCCCUAGAUCUCUCGCUGUCGCACGGAAUCACCACGGGUCGCCCUCACAUUGGCUACUUUGUGCCAGCACUGAAGAUUUCGCAAUUACUACUCGCAGGCUGCGAUGUAGUGAUCCUGCUUGCCGAUGUACACGCAUUCCUCGAUAACUUGAAGGCGCCACUCGAGCUAGUGGAAAAUCGGGCGAUUUACUACCGAAACGUUAUCACCGCUAUCCUUCAGGCCGUCGGCGUCCCUACCGAGAAGCUCGAAUUUGUCCUCGGAAGUACCUACCAGAAGAGCUCUGCCUAUGUAUUCGAUGUCUACAAGCUGUCCUCUUUGAUUUCGGAAGGACAGGCCAAGAAGGCGGGCAGUGAGAUUGUCAAGCAGACUGGCAAUGCCCCACUGAGUGGACUGUUGUACCCAGUUCUCCAGGUUCUCGAUGAAGAACAUUUGAAUUGCGAUGCUCAGCUCGGAGGUAUUGAUCAGAGAAAGCUCUUUACCGCUGCGACGGAAUGGCUCCCUAAGCUUGGAUACCGUGUUCGCGCCCAUCUUCUAAACCCUAUGAUGGCCUCUUUGUCCUCCGGCAAGAUGAGCUCUAGUGAUAGUCCAGAUAGCAAAAUCGACCUUCUCGACUCUGCCGAGAGCAUCACAAAGAAAAUUCGGAAGGCUGAGUGCGUCCCUAAGGUCGUCACAGACAACGGUGUGAUCUCAUUAGUCGAACACAUUCUAUUGCCCGCAUCUAUCCUAAAGGGCAAUGGAGAAUUCCGCGUCGAACGCAAGGACGCCGAGCCUCUUGUAUUUACCGAUAUGGAGCAGCUGCGCGAUGCUUACCGCGCUGAUAUUUUAACACCACAGCUACUUAAACCUGCUGUUGCGGCCGCCAUGGUCGAGCUCAUGGCCCCUAUCCAGGCGGCCUACCAGGCCUCCACUGAAUGGCAGGAGGUUACAUUGAAGGCUUACCCGCCUCCAGUUGUGCACAAAAAGGUCAAGAAGGUUAAGGACCGAGGCUCUCGCUUCCCGGGGGCCAAGCAAGAAGAGACAGCUAAGCAAGAAGAGACGGCCCAGCCUUCGGGGCAAGAGAGCGCUCAACCUUCAGAGCAAUAA